GCUCAAAGCCCUAUUGUGAGAGCCUCCCAGUCCCCCCUGCUAGGCUCCUCCUUCCUCCCCACCCCUUUAAUAGACCCUGAAGUGGGUUCAUAACCACACUGCUGGGCUCACUGCAGUUUCACCAUGGCUUACAUCGCCAAGUCCUUCUACGACCUCAGUGCUAUCAGCCUGGAUGGGGAGAAGAUAGAUUUCAAUACAUUUCGAGGCAGGGCCGUGCUGAUUGAGAAUGUAGCUUCCCUCUGAGGCACAACCACCCGGGACUACACCCAACUCAACGAGCUGCAAUGCCGCUUUCCCAGGCGCCUGGUGGUUCUUGGCUUCCCUUGCAACCAAUUUGGACAUCAGGAGAACUGUCAGAAUGAGGAGAUCCUGAAUAGUCUCAAGUAUGUCCGCCCUGGGGGUGGAUUCCAGCCCACCUUCACCCUUGCCCAGAAGUGUGAGGUGAAUGGUCAGAAUGAGCAUCCUGUCUUCGCCUACCUGAAGGACAAGCUCCCCUACCCCUACGAUGACCCAUUUUCCCUCCUGACCGAUCCCAAGUUCAUCAUUUGGAGCCCCGUGCGUCGCUCAGAUGUGGCCUGGAACUUUGAGAAGUUCCUCAUUGGGCCGGAGGGGGAGCCCUUCCGACGUUACAGCCGUACCUUCCCCACCAUCAACAUAGAGGCAGACAUCAAGCGCCUCCUCAAAGUAGCCAUUUAGACAGGAGCAGCUCAGCACACAGAUCUACUCCUCCCAACCCCUGGUACCUUUCCUCAGGACUCAGUGUGCCUUCAGGAGACACUGCUAAGCUUUCCCUUAGCAUCUGCCCCCUCUACUGGAGAGUCUUCCCUUUCCAGUCUUCCUUUCCAUUCCUUCCCCUACUAAGCCUUUGGGCUGGAGAUUAAACUUGGGCCUCCAAAGCUGGGUGGUUUCUGGACCUUCACAGAAUGAUAGCACCUUCCUAAACCUAUAGGGAUGGUGUCUGAGAAAUGUGAAGGGCCUGAAGUAAACCUAUUAGGUGCGUCCAAUAAAGGGCUGAUGUAAGAAUG